AUGGAACAAAAUAAGGCCAACUCACAGCCAGACACUCUUACAAACAUGGACGAUGGAUCCAUUGCGAUCGUGGGCAUGGCAUGCCGCUUUGCCAACGUAGCAUCUCCAACCCAGUUUUGGGAUAUGAUCGAGAAGGGUCGGAGCGGUCAUGGCAGAAUACCUGAGCGGUGUUUUGAUGCUGACGCCUGGUAUCACCCUUCGAGAGGUCGACGUGGAGCGGUCAUCACCAAAUCUGGAUUCUUUCUUGACGAUGUCUCACAUUUUGAUGCCCCCUUCUUUUCCAUUACGGCAAGUGAAGCGGCCGCUAUGGAUCCAAUGCAAAGGUUGGGGCUUGAAGUAGCAUACGAGACGUUUGAAAACGCGGGUAUUACAAUGCAAAAGCUUUCAGGGAGCAGGACUGCGGUUUAUAGCGGUGUCAUGACUGCUGACUAUCAGGAAAUCGCCGAAGGGGAUUUAUUUUCUCUAGGAGAUCAUCCCGGGUCUGGAACUGCAAAGUCGAUCUUGGCCAACCGUAUAUCAUGGUUCUUUGAUCUUCGCGGCCCUAGCCUCUCACUGGACACGGCUUGCUCUUCUGCUCUCUACAGUCUUCAUCUUGCUUGCCAGGCUGUGCAAGCUGGAGAAUGUGACCAGGCACUAGUAACUGGCACGAAUCUCAUCUUGCAUCCUAAUCUCAUGGCUCAGUUUACUGCGAUGCACAUGAUCACACCUGACGGAAUUAGCCACACAUUUGAUGAGUCGGCUAAUGGAUACGGUAGGGGUGAAGGAGUGGCUGCCGUGAUGGUUAAGCCUCUCAAGGAUGCCAUUAGAGAUGGAGAUGUGGUUCGGGCUGUUAUUCGUGCUACGGGCGCAAAUUUCGACGGCAAGACUACCGGCAUGACCGUUCCAAGCGGAGAUGCCCAAGCUGAAUUGAUUCGUGAGACGUACAAGAAAGCUGGCAUUUCCAUGAAUGACACUUGUUAUUUCGAGGCACACGGCACCGGAACACCACUAGGGGAUCCAAUUGAGAUGCAGGCUAUCGCCCAAACCAUUGGUGCCGAGCGAAAAGCCUCGAAUAAUGGUCCUCUCUAUGUCGGUAGUGUCAAGCCCAAUGUCGGCCAUACAGAGGGUGCAGCUGGUCUGGCCGGCCUCAUCAAAGCAGUACUGUGUCUCGAAGCUGGCAUGAUACCUGCCGUGACUCGCUUGAAAAAGCUGAAUCCCAAGCUACACAUGGACGACUGGAAUCUGAUUGCGCCGAUGGAAAACGUAUCGUGGCCCCAGGCAGGUGUUCGACGAGCCAGCGUGAAUUCAUUCGGCUUUGGUGGCGCAAAUGCUCAUGCGAUUCUUGAUGAUGCAUUGCAUUAUCUCUCCUCACGUGGGAUUCAUGGACGCCAUAUCACACAUCCAACCCCUCUCCUGGGCCACUUGUCCAUUAACCUGGAGCAUGGAUCAUCCUCAUCAUCCGCAACGUCUUCCUCAGAUUCUUCUUGUUCUGAUAGCGAGGAUAAUUCUACUAGCAUUGGAGAUGACACCGCCAGCGAGGAUACCCCAGACGUAGAGCAGCAAGAUCAUCUAUUUGUUUUCUCCGCCCAAGACCAAGGUAGCUUGGACAAAGUUGCUUCAGGCUACGCAGAGUUUCUCAAAGAUGAGCCCCAGAAAGACAACAUUGCUACCAUGCAGUCAUUGAGUCACAUUCUUUCAGAAAAGCGGACCAGACUGGAUUUCCGAAGUUUUGUUGUGGCACAUAGCUUGGCCGAUCUAAGUGCGUCUCUUGAGGCAAACCAACUUCCCCGCGAGCGCUCGUCUCCCAAGGACAAAGCCAUAUUCGUUUUUACUGGCCAAGGUGCUCAGAGAGCCGGUAUGGCUCGUGAGUUAUUCUCUGACCCAGUGUUUAGCGAGAGCAUUCGGCGCAGUCAGAAGGUAGUGACAGCCUGCGGUGGUGAUUGGGAUAUUGAACAUAUGCUCAUGACGGGGUCGGCACAAGAGCUAGGAAACCCGCUGUACUCGCAGCCUCUUUGUACGGCUAUCCAGAUUGGUUUGGUGGAUAUGCUAUCUACUUGGAAUGUACAGCCAGCUGCUGUUAUUGGUCAUUCAUCCGGCGAAAUAGCUGCCGCCUAUUCCUCAGGUGUUUUAUCUCAUGAAGAUGCUAUGUACGUGGCCUACUACCGUGGCACACUUUCCAGCGUCGUCUCGUCACGAGCCGGAAUUCAGGGCAGCAUGCUGGCCGCAGGAAUUUCCGAAUCUGAGGCCGCCAAAUACAUCGAUGGCAAGGAUUCGGUCUCAAUAGCCUGCAUCAAUAGCCCAUCUAAUAGGCUGAGACCAGUGCGAGUGCCGAUGUUCUCUUCUGUGACAGAGCAGCGCAUUGAGGGCAGCAUACUCGGCGGAAAUUACUGGAUGGAGAAUAUGCUGUCCCCCGUCCGAUUUGCUGGAGCACUGCGCAAUCUUGUAACUGGUGCGGAUAUCCAUGGCGACGAACUGCUAGACACUGAAUACAGCGCGAUUAUCGAGAUAGGACCCUCCAAAACGCUGCAGGGUCCGAUUAAGCAAAUUUUAACUGCUAUCAGCCCUCGUCUAGCAAAGAAGCUGCCAUAUCGCUCCAUGCUGGUGGCUGGGAGCCACGCACGCAAGACAUCACUCGAGGCUGCGGGAUUCCUUUGGUCGACGGGACAUUCAAUUGACCUGGGAAAAGUCAACGGAAUCUCAGCAGCAUCCGAGUUGGACCUGUGCAUGCUCCCCCGCCUCCCGAGUUACCCUUGGAAUCAUGAGAAUAGCUUUUGGCACGAGCACCUAGCUAGCCACGCUGUCCGUGUCCGAAAAGAGCCCAGAACGGAUCUCUUAGGAAUGCCGGUUGAUGGUCAGAAUCCUUUCGAGCCUAGAUGGCGCAACAUUCUCAGCGUGGCUGAGAAUCCAUGGCUAGCGCAUCAUCGUGUGGCCUCGGCUUGUUUGUUUCCUGCUGCUGGAUAUCUUGUCAUGGCUAUUGAAGCCGUGUUGAAGUUGGCAGCAAAGGAUGUACAGAAAGGUCGAGUACUCAAAGGUAUUGAACUUACAGACGUGACAUUUGAGACGGGACUUGCUCUUCAAGACGAUGGGUCGGCCACCGAUAUUUCUAUAACUCUCAAACCGUAUGCGGCUAUGGACGCAGUGUAUAGUUUCAGCAUUUACUCUGACUCUUUUGACCAGCCUGUACGCCGCCUUGUGGUUGGCUCUGUUGCUGCUACUUAUGAGGGCCAACAUCAACAAGAAGACCACGGGUUUGAACUGGAAGUACAAAAACAGGAGUGGGAGGCGACUAGAGUCAAGUUACUGAAGACACAAAGACUGGCCGUCCAGCCUGUCGAUGUCAAAGAGUUCUAUGCGAAACUUGCAUCCAUUGGGCUGGAAUAUGGCCCGACCUUCCAGGCUCUAGAAACCAUUGAUACUGUUUCCUCAGAGAAUGGAGCCUUGUCUGAUGGUGCUGCCUGCGGUACUCUCAAGGUGCCUGACACCAAGGCAAUUAUGCCCAUGGAAUAUGAGUUUCCGCAUCUCUUGCAUCCUGCGACGCUGGAUUCUGCGUUCCAUCUGGCCUUCGCUGCACUCGAGACCCAGGAGGAAAUGCUGCGCCCAGCAGUACCAGUUUCCAUUGAGCGUGUUUUCAUCUCAGCUGAUUUGCCUUCCAGUCCUGGUUCCAAAUUUCUCGGCAUGGCCUCAACCAAACGCACCGGAAAAGCGUCACUCGUCGCCGAUAUCCUCUUUGCUGAUACGGAGGUUCGUGGCCCGCAGAUUGUCAUUGAAUCGAUGGGAUUGAGCGACGUGGGAGAGGCAUCUCAAGACGCUGGAUAUGCCACAAAUUCAGUCGCCAGCAAUCUGCGGACAGCUGACAUCGUAUGGAAAGAGGACAUUGCCAUGAUGAAACUGCCUUCCCAUACUAAUAUCCAGGAUAGCCCAUUGCUGCUUACCUCAUGGCUCGAAUGCUACUUACACAAAUAUGCCAACGCGAAUGUCUUAUUUGCCGGAGCUGAAAAGGACAUGGAUCUUCUAGAAACUCUCCGGUCCACAGUUGCAUCACAUCAGAGGGCUGGUGGCCGGGGUAAGAUGUUUUCCUGCCCAAUUCCGCAGGCGGACACAAGUGAGGACCACACUACACUCCCAGCAUAUAUGCAGAAGUCUCUUGCAAAUGGCCCUUAUGAUGCAAUCAUACUGGUUGCUCACGGAGGCCGAGGAAACAGUCUCUUUUUGCAUUCCAUUCCACGCCUUCUUAACCCCGGUGGCCAAAUAGCGAGGCUCGAUGACAACGGCCGCAUAUAUAUGCAGAAGGGGGAUGAGGUGAGUAUUACUUCAUCGUCAAUGUUGUUGAGUACGUUAAUGCCAGAGGGUGUGAUCAUACUCGAGCGCGGUGUCAACGACCAGAAUCCGGAAGCCCUGCGGCUACGCGAUGCUUUGACUGACAUUCUAGGCCAAUAUGGAGUCCCAGUGACUAUUCAGGGCAUGGGUCAAACUCCUAUUGAAACCACCAAUUCGUACAUCAUCUCGCUGGCAGAAUAUGGCCAAAGCCUUGUCUACGAUUGGGGCAAAGAGGAUUUGAUCCAGUUCCAAAGUAUGGUGGCCAGCGCACGCUAUGUGCUUUGGUUGACUACAGGCGGCUUAAUGGCUCCUGAUGAAGACGGCCUGAGGUACAGCCUUACUCAAGGGUUGUUGCGUACGGUUCGAGCAGAGUACCCCCAGCUGGUGCUGCCGCAUCUGGAUAUUUCACCAAACAGCUCAAGCCUUUGCGAAGACAUGGCGUCCAUUGUGACCAAGAUUCUGAGUAUGACUCUGCCUGGCAUUGACUCUGAGGUCCUUGUCGAGACUGAGUAUGCUGAGCUGGACAACAAAAUCUUCAUUCCCCGUCUCGUUCGUAAUGCGGCUAUGGAUGCUGAGAUUGAAUUGCUGGCCUCCAACACCACAUCGAUUGACAUCGGGUUGAAUGAGUGUUGCCAGCCCUUGAGAUUAUCCACGGCGGAAGGGUCUGUACAAUGGACGCCAUGCGAGCCUCAUAGCUCCGUAGGCCCUGGCAAAGUUAUGGUAGAGACCAGAUACGUCGCUGGCUCGACUUUGGAAACGGCUCCUAUGCCGUGGGCCGUUGUCGGCAUCGUCCGCAAGGUAGGAGCCUGCGUGUCCGAUUAUCACGCGGGCGACUUCGUUAUACCCCUCGACGUCUCCAUGGACCUUGAUGUGAAAACUAGCUUUAUUGCCAGCACUUCUGAUCUUCUUAAAGUACCCGAAAAUAUCUCGGCUACGCAAUUAGCAUACUGGAUAACGCCGUUCAUUGUGGCGCACCAAGUUCUUAUUAACCAACAGCAAACAACUUCAUCAGCUUCUUACGGAUUGCUGUCUAAUGCUAAGAUGAUGAGCCAAUUUACAUCUGAUCUGGGCAAGAAACUACAGCCAAAUCUUACACCUCCAGACAGUGCAGGCCACUCGCCUCUCCGGAGUUCAACACCAGAACUCCCAGAGCGACAACAUGCCGAUACCGGGGGUGUCGACGAGGACGAGCUUGCAGGUUGUACCAUCCUGCAUCAGAUGACCCGUUCAUUCAGCAGGAUGAUGCGAAACAAAACUGGUGCUUCGGGUAUACACCUUGUAUUGUCGUCGCUUCAGAAUCCGGCAACUGUACAGCAUCUGAUGGCUAGUCUCGGGCCAGGUGGCCGCUUCGUGGCAGUCAACCCUUCAACUAACCGUGAGAACAACCUGAGAGCAGCUACGCCUCGUUUCGAUGUUACGCUGGAGCGUCUCGAUACUGCAGAUAUGGAUACAUCCAAUAUGCGGAUUUCCAUGCGCGCCGUAUUCGGAUUAUUCUCUAGCAAGACUUUGACUCUCCCGCCGCUACCGCCCUCCAGCCAGAAGCCCAUAUCAGAGAUUGGCCAACUUUUAGAUCAAGCACAGGAUCACCGACCCAUGAUCUUCUCACUGGGGCCUCAAUCAUUCGUUCCAAUGCUUGUAUCUGGACUCCCUACUCUGCAGCAGAGUAGGCUGGAUCCCAGUGGCACAUACAUCAUUUCUGGUGGCAUGGGUGCAUUGGGUCUUGAGAUGGCAGACUGGCUAUGCGAACAAGGGGCCCGCCACAUACUUCUUCUAUCACGAUCUGGGAAACCAAAUGACUCAGCCCUCUCCGCGAUCCAUCGUCUUUCCCAGCAGGGUUGUCGGUGUGAUGUGAUACGCUGUGACAUUAUCUCGGCUUCUGAUGUAGAGUGCGUGGCAAGUCAAGCCAAAAAGGAGAAUUGGCGCAUUCGCGGUAUCAUACAAGCUGCCAUGGUGCUGGCUGAUUCUCCAUUCGAGUCUAUGACAAGCGAGCAAUGGAAUACAGCCACAGCACCGAAAGUCCAGGGUUCCUGGAACUUGCACCAUGCUUUAGGCUGCCAUAAGGAUCUCGACUUCUUCAUUUUGCUUUCAUCUAUUUCUGGAAUUAUCGGCAACAGCGCCCAGGCUAACUAUAGUGCCGGCAAUACGUUUGAAGAUGCACUAGCGGUUCACAGACGCCAUCGAGGUUUCCCUGCCACCAGUCUGAAUCUUGGUCUUGUCAACAUGGAUACGGGCAACAUCGGUUCAGUGGAUGACUUCGUCAAGAAGUUUCCGCAUCUUGCAUCAGUUCUGGUUGGCAAGAAGGAAGUUAAGGCUGCAUUGCAGCUUGCUAUCCGCGGCAUCGGCUUGAAUGGUUUGCAAAUACCCAGCCAAGUGGUAGUAAACUACGAAAAAGCCAUCAAGAGUGCUAAAACAACCGAAGAAGCAAGAUUAAUUAUCGAGGAUGCAUUGCGUGUCCAUGUUGCUGCGGCUAUGUCGUCUGAUGCAUCCAACAUUGACGUGGAUAAAUCAGUGACAGCGUACGGAAUUGAUUCUCUUAAGGCUACUGAGGUGCGGAAUUGGUUCUUGAAGGAGUUUGAUAGCCGCUUGUCCAUAUUCGAGAUUCUCAGCCCAAUGCCCAUCUCGCGUUUGGCGCUGAGUAUUUUGAAGAACUCUUCAUAUAGCAAUUUGGUAGCUAAAUGA